UUUUCAGGACUAAAAUCCGGUAGGAUUUAAGAACAGUUCCACUUCCGGUAACACCGGAAGCAAUUUGAAGAUGGCGUCUUCCUCCUUCAACGGGCCGGCCGCUGCGGACGGGAAAAGUGAAUUAUUUCGUAACAAGAAGCCGAAGCCGGAGAACCGAGAUGAAUCAGAACUCCUCACUGUUCCUGAUGGUUGGAAGGAACCGGCUUUUUCCAAAGAGGACAAUCCCAGAGGACUCUUGGAAGAGAGCAGUUUUGCAACUUUGUUCCCAAAAUAUAGGGAGGCUUACCUGAAAGAGUGCUGGCCAUUGGUACAGAAAGCCUUGAAUGAACAUCACCUUAAUGCAACCCUGGACCUGAUUGAGGGCAGUAUGACUGUGUGUACAACAAAGAAGACUUUUGAUCCAUAUAUCAUCAUCAGGGCCAGAGACCUAAUAAAACUUUUAGCAAGGAGUGUUUCAUUUGAACAGGCAGUACGAAUUCUUCAGGAUGAUGUUGCAUGUGACAUCAUUAAAAUAGGUUCUUUAGUAAGAAAUAAAGAAAGAUUUGUGAAAAGAAGACAACGUCUCAUUGGUCCCAAAGGAUCUACAUUGAAGGCUUUGGAACUCUUAACAAACUGUUAUAUUAUGGUUCAGGGAAACACAGUUUCAGUCAUUGGACCUUUUAGUGGCUUAAAAGAGGUUCGAAAAGUAGUCCUAGAUACUAUGAAGAAUAUUCAUCCAAUUUAUAACAUUAAAACCUUAAUGAUUAAACGAGAGUUGGCAAAAGAUUCUGAAUUAAGAUCACAAAGUUGGGAAAGAUUUUUGCCACAGUUUAAGCACAAGAAUGUGAAUAAACGCAAGGAACCAAAGAAAAAAACUGUCAAGAAAGAGUACACACCAUUCCCACCACCACAGCCAGAAAGUCAGAUUGAUAAAGAAUUGGCUAGUGGUGAAUAUUUUCUGAAGGCAAGUCAAAAGAAGCGGCAGAAAAUGGAAGCCAUAAAGGCUAAACAAGCAGAAGCUCUUAGUAAAAGACAAGAGGAAAGAAACAAAGCUUUUAUUCCACCUAAGGAAAAACCAGUUGUGAAACCAAGGGAAGCUUCUACUGAAAAUAAAAUUGAUGUGGCUGCCAUCAAGGAGAAGGUUAAGAAAGCCAAGAAUAAGAAACUGGGAGCUCUUUCAGCUGAAGAAGUUAAGCUUAAAAUGGAAGCAGAUGAAAAAAAGAAGAAGAAGAAAAAGUAACAUUAAAAAAAAACCCUGGAUGAGAACCUUUUAAGCUAUCUCCUUUUGUAAAGGAUUUUGAGAUACUAGGGCAUUAGUAGCCUGUAUGUGAGAAGGAAUACUCUGAUCACAUUUUUCUGAGUUUAUGUCAUUCUUCAAAACAGUGUUUAUAUAAACAGCUGUCCUUUAUAAAUAUAAAUUAUUGUAUUCUCUGUGUGUUUUUGGAAAACUUUAUGCUAGAAAGUGCUACAUAUGUCUUUGUAUAUAUUGCACCUAACCUGUUUUGGCGUGUUUUGCCUAAGCAUGAUUUUAGAUGUAAUUUUUAGGUUGUUUAUAUAAAGAUUUUUGGAAUGUGGCUAUUGUAAUUAUCCAUCAAAUCCAGUGUUUGAUGCCACUGGUUAGUCUUUAAAUAUAAUCAUGUCCCACCAUUUGGUUUUGAGCAAAAUAAAUGCAGAUUUUGCAGUGCUCUCUCUAUUGCUAACGAGUGAACAUUUAGGCUUAUUUCUUUUUAUAAUCUCAUUCUACAUUAUGUUUAAGAUUAAACAACCCAUAAGCAAAAAAAGCAAGGCCCCUUAAAUCCCUUAAUUACUAUACUGAAUCUGGGAAAAUGGUAAACCAAAGACCUCAGAUUGCAAGGUGGGGGUGGGGGGGGUGGGGAGACCAGAUGUUUAGAAUUGAAGCAGCAUGCAACAAGUUAUGUAGAAAUGUUUUUACUAGUGAGGGUCAGUGGAGUUAUCUAGAAUCACCUAAAUCGAGCACAUUCAUUUUGUAGUUUUAGGAGCUGAGACAUACAGAGGCUGGGUUACUUACUGAAAGUCAUAGCUUUGGCAGCCUGAAAACAAUGCUUAUUCAUAGAAAAGUGGAAAGUAAAAAUGAGUUUAUUCUAGAGAUAGGAAGUUGAACAGUUUUUUUAUUAAGGGUUUACUGCAACAACGUAUUUUUUUCUGAAAUGUUUUAAAAUUAGAACUAAAAAAUACACCUGUUAAUUUAAAAAAAAACACAUAUCUGAAUGAAUUGUGGUUUUUUUGUGGAUUAUAUUAGUUUGAAAGAACUAAAUGAGGGUAUUUGUGCUUGACCCAAAUGAUCAUUAUAGCACUCAAUAUUAGGAUUGGUGGACUAACAGUGAGAAAGAGAGAUAGGUAUCUGUUGCGUGAAAAUACUGGCCAGUCAGGAUGCACAAUAGAGUAGUAACCUGUGAAACAAACAUAAAAUAUCCUCUUAAACGUUGUUUCUCAGAAUGCAAUAAUACAAUUCACAUAGAUCUUAAUGGAACAAUGAAAGAUUUAUGUACAUACCUGUGACUUUGUCUCGCUUUGGAUUAGCUGUAAAGUCAGAAGAAGAAAAAAAAUAUGUACUGGUGAGGCUUUAUUUUAUUUUAAAAAGCCAAGUCUCUAAUUAUGACCAUUAACUGUUGCUUUCACUUUCUUAGUUUUUUUCAAACAUUAAAGAUUUUUUGUACUAACUGUACUAACUUGUUAUUUUUAAAUUGACCUUAUAAACUUUUUAUAUACUAUUACUAUAAGUGGAAAAUAAUUUUACAUACCAUAACUAGCAGAUAAUAAAUACAAUUAAAAUAACAAACUAUUAGAAUUUAAGAAUAAAAAUAAUUAUUAGUAAUAGUCAAUGUGAGCAAUUUAUUAAAA